AUGAUUCCAUUGCAUUCUGAUAUUGUCUCCUCGAAGUUGUUCUCUAAAAAAGAUCCCGCAAUCGUACAGAAGCUCAAUUUAGCUCCAGAUAUCAGAGAUGAUUAUGCUGAAUUAUUUCAAAUUACACUAUGGACUAGCUUAGCAUUGAUUCUAGUUGUAUGGGGCGUUUCUUGGGGUAUCUGGAAUAUGGAUCCUGGACGAGAUGGGAUUAUCUAUCGAGGUACAAUGACAAGACCUAAACAAGAUUAAACAUUUCCUUUCUGUAUCACAGAUAAAAUACAUAAUCUUUCUAACAUACAACUCAGCAUAAUUUAACUAUUUAUCAAGUGUUUCCAAGGGUUUUGUUUGAUUUUUUUUAAACAUUGUUGAAAUCUUUCGUUGUGUUUUAUAAUGUUAGAAAAACAUAUUUAUAAAUCCACAAUGUCUUAUUUGUCUGUAACGUUUUAAUAUUCGCUGAAAUUUCUUUUAUUAUUUAAUUUAAGUAAAGGUAUGAUUGAUAAAAGUAUCUAGUGUUUUCCUUCCAAAUUGUUCCUGAGUUGUUUACUUAACUUUGUUGAUUGUUGUGAUGUACAAUCAAUUUAACAUCAAUAUAUGACAUAAAUAUUGCAUAAAAACUAACUGUUCUUUCGUUCAUUAUCAAUAUGACCAAAUAUGUUUAUCCUGAUUGGAACAUUAAAUUUGUCGAAGUUUACAGCUCAGUUUCCAGUACUCCUAAAAUCAAAACUAUAUCACAUUUGUCUAAUUCAUUUGUCUGAUUAACAUUAAAAUCUCCAAUUAUUUUAAGAAUAAAAGAAUAUUUUUCAUAUACCGGAUUAACAUCCUCUAGCUAAAUUUAAAAACACAUACAUAGUAAUCACGGGAAAUUAGUUACAUUGGUAUACAAUACUGAGUAUUUAGUAAUACAAAAG